AUUGCAAGGAGAGAUUUUCUACUUGGCUGGUGAGAGUAUUUUACUCCACCUGCCAUCUGCUCAAUUAGUUUAUCCCUUUGUUAAUAGGUUGUUCGAGUUCCUUUCAUCCCAUCCGCUUAUCCUACUUAUCCUCUUUGAUUAUUCUUGACAUAGAUACGUGUGUCAACUUCUUAUAACUCCCCACCUACACCUUGCAUACCUAUUAACAGUUGUCAAUCUAUGAAAAUAAAUUAGCAUUUAACAUAGUCUGUCCCCAGUCUCAACUCCUUCCCCAGGAGUCAACAUAUGAGUGUUGGUUUGUAAAUGUCGUUCAAAAGUCAAAUUUCAUCCAAGUUUUCUCUUAUGGUAAAAAAAUUGUGGAGUUCAUUUAGAUAGAAGUAUUUUGAAUAUUAGCAUGUUAAUUUUUUUGUCAUUAAGUUUUGAAUGAGGAUGGAGGGCUCACUAGUGUUCUCUUUGUUUUUGUGAUGGAAAAUAACCACCAGGCUUACUUUAAGAUCAAGUUUUCAGAUACUCAAAUUGUAUUAGCCUUGUUCUAGUUUGUCAUUUCAGUGCAUUACUCAUGUGCCCAAGCUUUGCUCUUGUUCUCCUUUAUACAAGUGGUCGUCUCGCACAACCAAAUUGGGGUGGGCUUAUCUUCUUUUUAUUUUUGUCUUAUAAGAACAUGUUGUAGUUUAAAUAAAUUAUUUGAAUUCCAGACUAAAGGAUAUUAAUUUCGUCUUCUAUUUCUAUUCUUGCAAUUCUCAAGAAGUCAACUUUUCUCUGUUGAUCCCUGCUUUAGAGAAUAAAUAUAAUCUUGACUACAUCUUUUUCCCCUAGAUUCUAUUUUGGUACCAAUGAAAUAAUUGUAAUCAGAACAACUAUUUAGAUGUAUUGGUCUUCAUCAUAGACGUGGAGCUCUUCAGAUUUGAAUGCUUUCCAAAAAGCUUUUGUUGUCCUUUGUUCUCUUUGGAAUAUCUUGAUCAGGUCCGAGGAAAUUAUUAUAUGAGUAUCAACCAGCUAGGUGCUGGAUCUCGCUGGCGCCGAACAACUGGCCAAGAAAUUUACUCACCCCUUCUUUUAGCUUUCACACAUGAGAAAUCAGAAGAUUGGAAAGCUUCUCAUCUGACAAAGGCCACAUCCAUGGAUCCAAACUAUAGUUUACCUCUUAAUGUUGCAUUGAUUACUCUUCAGGAGUUGGAUGAUGGAAAUGUUCUCCUCCGUUUGGCACAUCUAUAUGAGGUGGGCGAAGAUGCUGACCAUUCAACAUUAGCCAAUGUAGAACUGAAGAAGAUGUUUGCUGGAAAAAGGAGUUCAAUCAUACCGUUGCAAAUUGCAUUCACCCGUUCAUCCUGCCGAAUCAUACAAGUAGAGGCCAAUUAUCUAUCUAUCUCUAGUUCUAUGAGAAGUUACCUUACUCGAGAUUUCUCUAACCAUCGAUUUCCGUUUCAAGAGCUCCAGUAUACUCAUCCCAAGGCUGUAAACAUUUGUCUUGGUAUUGGAAUUCGAGCUUUGAGAGUUCUGGAGUUCAUUUUUGGUCCUGGUGGACUUUGUGGCAGACAAGGGGAAUCCUAAUGGGGAGACUCACUAACAAGGUGGAGUUAUGGUGCGUUUUGUGAAAGUGGAGGACCUACUUGCUAGUGUAAUAGAGGUAAAAGGGGAGGGAACCCAUCAUUUUCUAUGAAGAAACAUGUGAGUAGUCGGUUUUUUUUUCAUUGAUUCAGCAGUGGUUAAAAAUGUAAGAAAAACUUUCAUUCAAAGGUGGACAUAUUCCUCAUUAGACAGUAGAAUUGACAGUGAAAUAGAGUUAUUUUUGUCGUUUUGAUUGAAAUGAUGGAGUAUGCCAUGGUUUGCAGUUUGAUGAGUUGAUUGUAUUUCACCAUCCAUAAACAUGAUUGUUUGUGUUGUUUUGAUGGG